AUGACGAUGCUCGACUCCGAGCACGCCAAGAACGAGACGAAGAUGGAGAGCCUCCUCAAGACCGCCCGCACGGCCACCCACGCCACCAAGGCCGAGUUCCAGGAGAAGACACGCGUCGAUCCGGAGCCGAUGAAAGGCCAUUGUAAUGCGUGCCCACCAGAGAAGGGUGAACAAAAAGUGUCUUAUUACUACACGGCUCCUGCCUGUAAACCUUGCCUCAAAUAUUUCAGCAAACUGUGCAGUCGGAACAACGAGGACAGCAAAUGUCAAGGCCCUGGAAGCUGCUCGGAAAGAAGAAAGUGCAACAAAUGCUCCUACAUGGCCUGGACCGCAUUGGGAUAUCAGAAGAAGGUGCCGCCAGCGCUCCAACUGACCGACUCUGACUCCGAC